AGAAAAAGUGGCGGCUGUAGCCAAAGCAUUACGGUAAUGAGCGUCGUAUACCGGAAGUGCUAUUGUAUUUAGCACGGCUAAUCUAACGGCUGUAGCGUUACGUUUCCCCCCUUCGGACUGAUUUUUCUACCGGCACCGACCUGACUCAUGUCAACAAACAUGCCGACGGAGAAUUUGAAUCUCGAGUCGCAGCUUUUAUCCAUCAUGGACGUGCUGGUGAAAGCGGCAGUGCUGGAAAUAAGCCAGCUAUUCUCGGAGAGCUCAGCGUCCCUGCAGCUCCAUCUCAACCAGAGCUUGAGGGACAACGAGAGCCUGAGGGUGAGGAUGAAGGCGAUGAGGAGCGAGAUCUUCUCCCUCCGCUUGCAGACCAGGAACAAUCGGCCGUCCAGCCGCUUCUCAACAUUCAGAGCAAAUCUGACCAAAGCCCGAUGCAAAACACCAGUUAUCCUAAAGCCUCCAGCAAGCCGACAAACUUCUUCCAUCUCUGUGCCCCUGGCGACUGAAACGUCCCCUCCUGAUGCAAAAGAGCAUGCAGUUCAAGAGAUCCCAGAUGUCAUCCUGAUUAAAGAUGAAGAGGACGCUGGAGGAUGCGAGUCGAGUGAAAGUCAGGACGUCUUCUUAAAUCCCUCUGCACAGAAUGAGGUUGCCACCGGUGCACAAAACAUAGAGCCCUCGGGAUCUUCCCUGACAGUCAGCAACAAGGAGCUGAGAAUCAUUAGCGUUCACGGACGAGGAGAAGGACCUCUCCAGGACGAGAUUGAAAGCCUCUUUGCUGCCACCGAUCAACAAGCUUUUCAUUCUCAGGACCUUACAGUCAGCCAUGAUGGUUUCCUGAAUGUCGUCCCAAGUGCCAGUGACAACAGAGCCCCUUUGAGAAAUAGCCGGGUGGACAGAAUCCUCUCCUCUCAGGCGACCAUAUUAAGAACAGCCGACAGUGACGCAGGACAUCCCAGUUACAUGGACCAGUUCCCCCAGCAGAUGAAUCCCGUUUUCCCAUCUCACACAGUCAGCAAAUCUUUUGAUUGCAACUUGUGUGGCAUGUCCUUCCCCGCUCGCGAAGACCUGGUGGGGCACCGGGCCACUCACAUUUCCUGCAUAAUGUGCGGCAAGUCCUUCGCCAACAAGACCACGCUGACCAUCCACAUGCGGAUACACACUGGAGAGAAGCCGUAUGCCUGCACGCUUUGCGGGAAGCGCUUCACCCAGAACGGCAGCCUGAAGAUCCACUUGAGGACUCACUCCGGGGAGAAGCCGUACACCUGCUCGCAGUGCACGGCCAGCUUCAACAAUCCCAGCAACCUCCGGAGGCACAUGAUGACACACAACUCUAACGGACCGCUUUGACCUCGAUUUGUGGAAAAGGAUUAUUUAGAGCGCAGUGAAAAAUGAUUUGCUUCCUUCCUAAUUUCCACAAAGAUAACCUGCCUAAAUUAAAAUUUUAUUCCAAAUAGUGCUUGUUAAUUAUAAUGGAAGAAAAAAAAAUACAAAACCUAACCAGUUUUCUAUUACCGGCAAUCAAUCUUUCACAUCUCUAUAGAGAUGUUUUAGCCCACUCUUGAAGAAUUGCUUUAAUUUAGUAACACUGGAGGGUUCCCAGUAUUUCAAAAAGCACUCCGGACAAGUCUGGACUUUGAUUAGGCCUUUUCAAAACCUUUUUUUUCUUAAAGCUAUUCAAAAAAAUACGUUUUUGUACGAUGGCUGCUGAUCUCUUCUUUAUUGUUGAGUCAGGAACUCUGUUGUUAACUGAGGCAAAGCAGUACAGCAAUUCCUUAGACGUUAAUAAUAAUAAUAAUAAUAAUUCAUUUAAUUUAUAUAGCGCUUUUCAAUGACCCAAAGACGCUUUACAGGGAAUAAAAAUGGGUGGGCACAUACGGGGGGAGAGACAAUAGGAUAUAGUUAAUAACAGGACAUCGGUCAGCAGUGCGAAGUAGAUGGAUGGAGGAGCAGGAGGGGCGGGAGUGGAGGUUGUUGAGGUUGGCAGUACGGGAGGUGGGGGUGACGGGGGGUUGGGUAACUUUGUGACCCCUAGAUGAGUCAUCAUUGUGCUCUACAGGUACUUUCAGUUAACCGGCCACUCCUGGCAAAGUGCAUUUAAAAGGUUAUCUUUGUCUGAUCUAUACCUUUGUUUAAUGAGGUUAAACAUCACAAUGGAGAAUCUAUGCAAAAAAAAAAAAUAGCGGGCGCAAAUGCUUUUUUAUUGCACUGUACUUUAAUAUGGCACUGUGUUCCUCUUUGUGUGUUGUAAACGUAACUUUUGUUUCAAAUGUGGGUUAGAACUGAGACCAAACAAUACAUAACACCAGCAUUACCGAAUAAACCACAAACCUGAUGUACUGCAGAGAAACAGGUUUUUAGGCUGAAUAAAUGACCAAAAAACAGCCAAUAAUAUCUGCCUUUUGAUGCUACUGUAUUUACCUUACCAUGAUUGAAUCUUGUAUUGCUACAAUAUUGUGCACAAGUGAAAAUGUGUAACAGUUUAUUAACAAAUGUGUUCAAUUGUCCAAUUCAGAGACUCCAACGUCAUUGUUACCUCUGCGCUGUCUUUAGAUUGUAGAUUAUUUUGUAAUUUGUUUUCAUUUGCAUGGCAUUUUAAUACAUUUUGUUAGACUGAAUUCAGAUUUAAAUGCAACAUUUGCUUUCUGUCCAGUCUGGUUUUGCAGUUUUAAAAUGUAUAAAUGCUAAAUGCUUAAAUUUUAAGCAAAAAUGUUAAAUUGUUUCACCAGUUUGUGGCACAGGUGACAAAGAGCAUUGGGGGUUUGUUUAAUGGAGUUAUUUGUGUGUUUUAACUACCUCCGCUGUUGUUGAACUUUUUGUACUUUUGUACUGUUUUUUUCUGUUCCUAUUGGACCAGUAAUAUUGUAGCUCUUUUGGUUUAACAUAAACACUUUUCAGCCUGAUCUAGAAUAUUGUGACAUCCUUGCACUCUAUGGUGGGCAAAGUAUGGCCAGGGGCAUCAUACGUGCUGCUCCAUUUCUGUUUUUUUUUUUCCAUUUCCACUGAAACCUCUCUGAGACCACUGAGAUAUUUGUUAAUGAAAUGUAUAUUUUUACUAUAUUACUUUGUUUUUUUUUACUAAAACUAUUUAUGACCUAAACAAUUUAAAAUUAACAUUUUUGUCAAAUAACUGUCUUUAACUGAGUCUGAUUCAGUUAAUUAGAAAAUAAUAAUUAUUUUCUUCAUUAUAAUUGUUUAAUUUAAUAUGUCAAACAUGCCAAAAUAAAUGCAUAUUGAAAAUAACAA